CUCCAGAGGCGUGAGCAGCCACGCAGCAGACGCCCGCAGUCCCUCGGCGGACCGCAGCGGGUGGUUGGAGCGGAGGCUGACAGGUUCCUCCGUGGCUCGGGGCCAGCCUUCCUCCCACCCAUGUAACCACGCUGCUGUCUGAGGCGCGAUCAGCCAGCCCGGAGAGAAGGAGCCUGUUUUUAAUUCUAGUUUCUCUGCUUCGCAGCCCAUGGUAGCUUGUGCCCCGUGCGCUCUGGCGUCCUUUUUGGCAGCAGGAGCUGAGCUGAGUCCGCUGGCAGCCCCCCACAACCCCACGGCCAGGCUGUAGCUGGAAAACGCAGCCCGGGACCAUGGGGAGCAGCAAGAGCAAGCCCAAAGACCCCAGCCAGCGCCGGCGCAGCCUGGAGCCGGCCGACAGCACCCACCACGGGGGCUACCCGGCCUCACAGACCCCCAGCAAGACGCCCGCCCCUGACGCCCAUCGCACCCCCAGCCGCUCCUUCGGGACCAUGGCUGCUGAAUCCAAGCUCUUCGGAGGCUUCAACACCUCCGACACCGUCACGUCGCCGCAGCGCUCCGGGGCGCUGGCCGGUGGAGUCACCACCUUCGUGGCCCUCUACGACUACGAGUCCCGGACCGAAACGGACCUGUCCUUCAAGAAAGGAGAACGCCUCCAAAUUGUCAACAACACGAGGAAAGUGGACGUCAGGGAAGGUGACUGGUGGCUGGCUCAUUCCCUCACUACAGGACAGACGGGCUACAUCCCCAGUAACUAUGUCGCGCCCUCAGACUCCAUCCAGGCUGAAGAGUGGUAUUUCGGGAAGAUCACUCGCCGGGAGUCCGAGCGGCUGCUGCUCAACCCCGAAAACCCCCGGGGAACCUUCCUGGUGCGGGAGAGUGAGACCACGAAAGGCGCCUACUGCCUCUCGGUCUCCGACUUUGACAACGCCAAGGGGCUCAACGUGAAGCACUACAAGAUCCGCAAGCUGGACAGCGGCGGCUUCUACAUCACCUCGCGCACGCAGUUUGGCAGCCUGCAGCAGCUGGUGGCUUACUACUCCAAGCACGCCGAUGGCCUGUGCCACCGUCUGACCACCGUCUGCCCCACGUCCAAGCCCCAGACCCAAGGGCUCGCUAAGGAUGCGUGGGAAAUCCCCCGGGAAUCGCUGCGGCUCGAGGUCAAGCUGGGGCAGGGCUGCUUCGGAGAGGUCUGGAUGGGGACCUGGAACGGCACCACCAGAGUGGCAAUAAAGACGCUGAAACCCGGCACCAUGUCCCCGGAGGCCUUCCUGCAGGAAGCCCAGGUGAUGAAGAAGCUCCGGCACGAGAAGCUGGUUCAGCUCUACGCGGUGGUUUCGGAGGAGCCCAUUUACAUCGUCACCGAGUACAUGAGCAAAGGGAGCCUCCUGGACUUCCUGAAGGGAGAGAUGGGCAAGUACCUGCGGCUGCCGCAGCUCGUGGAUAUGGCAGCUCAGAUCGCGUCCGGCAUGGCGUACGUGGAGAGGAUGAACUACGUCCACCGAGACCUCCGGGCAGCCAACAUCCUCGUGGGGGAGAACCUGGUGUGCAAGGUGGCCGACUUCGGUCUGGCGCGCCUCAUCGAGGACAAUGAGUACACGGCCCGGCAAGGUGCCAAGUUCCCCAUCAAGUGGACGGCCCCUGAGGCGGCGCUGUACGGCAGGUUUACCAUCAAGUCGGACGUCUGGUCCUUCGGCAUCCUCCUGACCGAGCUGACCACCAAGGGCAGAGUGCCCUACCCAGGGAUGGUGAACAGGGAGGUGCUGGACCAGGUGGAGCGGGGCUACCGCAUGCCCUGCCCGCCCGAGUGCCCCGAAUCACUGCACGACCUCAUGUGCCAGUGCUGGAGGAAGGACCCCGAGGAGCGGCCCACCUUCGAGUACUUGCAGGCCUUCCUGGAGGACUACUUCACCUCGACAGAGCCCCAGUACCAGCCUGGCGAGAACCUAUAGACCUGGAGCUCCUCCUGGCACCAGAGACCUUGCCGCGGGGCGCGGAGGGCCGGCCUCCCCGCAGAGGGAGCCGUUUUUGGGGUGCCCCGUUGCUCGUUAAGACUGCUGGCCCUUGAUUAACGAAGGGGCGAGAGGAGCCCAAGGGUGCUGGCACUGGCUCAGGAGGGCGAGCAGGGCAGCGGGCUGGCGGGGCGUUCCCCCCUCCC